AUGGCGUCCAAACGCUUCUGGACCGCCGUGUCGAUUGACUCGCUGGCUCCCCGCUGUCGUGCUCCCGCCCAGCGCUGCUUCUCUCAAUCAAUCACCCGCAACUCGUCAUCGUCGACCUCAGCCAUCGCAUACAAGGCUCUGCACCGCCGCGCAUCAGCUCUGCCCCAAGCCCCUACUGCUGCCAACGUUUCGCCCGCCGCCGCUGUUUCCAGCAUCCUCUACGAGACUCCCCUACCCUCCCAAGCUCCUCCCAAACGCCAUGUCCUCAACUGUCUUGUUCAGAACGAGCCCGGUGUGCUCUCGCGCGUCUCUGGUAUUCUGGCCGCUCGUGGCUUCAACAUUGAUUCGCUGGUCGUCUGUAACACCGAGGUUCCCGACCUCUCUCGUAUGACCAUCGUCCUCCAAGGUCAAGACGGUGUCAUUGAGCAGGCCCGCCGUCAACUCGAGGAUCUGGUACCAGUCUGGGCCGUUCUUGACUACACGACUGCUCCUCUCGUUCAGCGUGAAUUGCUUCUGGCCAAGGUUAGCAUCCUCGGUCCCGAGUACUUCGAGGAGUUGCUCGCCCACCACAGAGAGAUGACGGAUGCCGAGGCUCAGGCUCAGGCUGCUGGUCUUACUUCUGAAGAGCUCGAGGACAACGCUCGCGCCCACCAGGAGGCCCUAAGACGAGACUUCCACCCCAGCCGCCUUGCUGCCAGUGAGGCUCUGAGACACAAGCACAAGCAUCUCGAGACCAUCACCUAUCUGACCCACCAAUUCGGCGGCAAGGUUCUCGACAUCUCAACUAACAACUGCAUUGUCGAAGUUUCGGCCAAGCCUCACAGAAUCGACUCGUUCAUGAAGCUCAUUGCGCCUUUCGGUAUUCUCGAAAGUGCCAGAACAGGUCUCAUGGCCCUCCCCAGAUCGCCCCUUCACGGUCCCAGCGAGGAUAUGGAAAAGGAGGCAGAGGAUGUUGUCGAUGCCAGCACUCUGCCUCCCGGUUAA